AUGCUCCCCGUUGUGCCCCCGGUGCCCUCGACGCCCAUCUACUCCAGACGCAACUCGGGCUGCCUCCAGUCACCAAUGCAGCACAAGCCGUUCCUCAACCUCGAUGCCAUCACUAGCAUGCCUAUUCCUCAGGUGCUCACGCCAAUGGCUUCUCCCCAGCCCAUUCACGCCAGACCCGCCAUCAAGCUGCAAACCGAGAUGGGCGAUUAUUGCGGCAUGCCGCCUAGCCCUCCUCUGACGCGUUCCAACAGUGCCGCCAGCAGCCCACGCAGCUGUGACCUGCUCCAGACUCCGUGCAACCCAAUGGUGUCGGGAAUGGACGGCUUCGAGGUCAAGCCUGCUGGUCACGAAAUGAAGCCCUACUCUCCUCCUCUUACGCCUGUGUACCUUCCCGACCAGGCCCGCAUCCAGGUUCCCAUGCUCCCCUCCAAUGACCUGAACCUUAACACGCCAAACACCACGGCCAGCGGCCUCCUUACUCCCACUCCCACCUACAGCACCUUGCUCUCGCCUGCCGCAUCGCCGCUCGUCCAGCCGGCCUCCAUCUUCCCGGUUCCCGUCGACGGCGUCUGCGAUCCCCGCGAGCUUACCGUCGGCACUGUCAAUUCCACCCUUGCUCCCGAGUACUUCCCCACCAUCUACUCGCCCGACGAGGAGGACCGCGACUACUUCUCCCAAGGCAUUGCCCCGCAGAGACUCGCUACCCCCUUCGACUACUCGUUCAACCCCCAGCUCACUGCUGGCCUCCCUGUCUUUGACAUCCUCUCCGUCUUGACCGACAUCGACUCGGAGGACGAGUCUCCCUUCACCAGCGUCAGCCGCUCGCGCUCCAGCUCCGGCGCUGCCUCGCUUGACCAGUCCAGCCUCUUCUGCGACGAGCUUGAGGACAUGCACGACGUCGAGUCUGUUGAGGACGACUGCUGCUCUGACAACGAGUCCCGCCCCAGCAAGAGGGCAAGGCACGCACGCAAGCCCACCAUGGACGUCGCUGCCGACAACCAGACCGCCAGCGCCGAGAAGCAGACCCAGGCCGGCGAGCACGCCCAGCAGGCUGCCAGCGCCGAGCCUGAGAGCAACAACACGUCCAACGCGACCACCGAAUCCUCGGUCGAGGCCGGUGAGCAGGCGUCGACGCCCCUCCCCGUGCCUACCAACCGCCGCGGCCGCAAGCAGUCCUUGACCGAAGACCCUUCCAAGACCUUCAAGUGCGACAUCUGCAACCGUCGUUUCCGCCGCCAGGAGCACCUCAAGCGCCACCACCGUUCUCUGCAUACUCACGAUAAGCCUUUCGAGUGCAACGAGUGCGGUAAGAAGUUCUCUCGCUCCGACAACUUGUCCCAGCAUGCCCGUACGCACGGCUCUGGCUCGCUUGUCAUGGACUUGAUCAACGAUCCCGAGCUCAUGGGCAUGCACCACCCCGGUUUCAUCCAUCAUCCGAUGAUGGGUCCCGCCCUUACCAGCGAGGACUGCCACACUUUUGGCAAGGUUCUCUUCCAGGUUGCCUCCGAGGUUCCUGGCAGCGGCAGCGACUCUUCGGAUGACGGCGAGUCCAACAAGAAGAAGCGGAGGAGAGGCGAGUGA